UCCUCCGCUCUUGCUGGGCUUGCGAGCGGCUCGCUGGGGAUUGCUGAGCGCCCGGGUGUCGGUGCGGGCUCCGGUGGCGCCGCUUUCAAAUUUGCAGCCUGCAAGGGCGUAGAAAGCAACUGGGGGAAGGUGCGGCGGGGGUAGCCGCCGCUCAGCACUCCUUCCGCAGCCAAACCUACAGGAAGAUGUCAGUUCGACCUAGAAGAGCUAGAACAGUAGUAAAAGCAGAAGUUCCAGAUGAUGAACUGCCUGCCUUCCUUAAAUCCUCUUCAGAAUCAGAAGAGGAAAAACCUGAAGAAGACUGGGAACCCAAAAAGAAAGUUAUAAGAAAAGCCAGAGUGCCAAAACCAAAAGACGCUCAAGUGAAAAAACCCACCGUGACCCAGAAGAAUCCAACUGUGGCUCGCAAAAGGACUAAGAAGGUAGCAGUGAAAGAAGAAUUGGACACAUCUUUGCCUAUUACGGCUCCUGGAGGGAAUGAAGGAGGUUUGCCACAAUGGCAUCCCAAGGAAGACAUCAAGCUGCCACUACCAGCGAAAAAACCCCCACUGAAAAAUAUUGGCCUUAUGCAGGUAAAUCCUGCCAGUGCCCUGGAAAACACUGACGGUCCCUCCACAAGCACUGCAGCCUCCAAAGAAACAGUGAAGGCAGAAGACUCUGAAGAGGAUUUCGCAUUUGAGGAACCGCCUUUAAAAAAAUUAAAAUCUGCAACGUGUCCUUGGGGGAAUCCUGUAAAAUCCACUGCAAGCACCAAGAUGGAUGAAGACUAUAAAAUGAACUGGGACAUGGUGCAGGUCUUGUCACAAAGGACUGGUAUCGAAGAGUGGGUGUGUGCCAACAUCAUCCGCCUCUUCAAUGAUGACAAUACGAUUCCUUUCAUCGUUCGCUAUCGAAAGGAGCUGAUUAACAAUCUGGAAGCUGACGCAUUGCGUGAGGUGCAGCAAACGAUGGAAGAACUACACACUGUAGCGAAAAAAGUUCAAGUUUCAAUACAGAAGCUUAAGAAAGAAGGAAAACUGUCUGGAGGUCUUUUAACUGCUUUGUUAAACUGUAAAACCUUGGAGGAGCUGGAUCAUGUGUAUGCACCAUAUAAAACUGGAAGCAAAGGAACUAAGGCGCAACGAGCCAGGCAACUGGGAUUAGAACGUGCAGCCAAUUUGCUCCUUAAUAACCCACGAGAACUCAACCUAUUUUCUUAUGUCAGGUCAGGUGUAGAAGGGCUUUCUACCAUUGAGGACGUAAAAUCUGGAGUGCAGCACAUCUUGGCUGACAUGAUUGCUAAAGAUAAAGAGACGUUGGAUUUCAUCAGAGAUCUAUGCCAAAGAAAGUAUGUUUGCAUUCAGUCGUGUUUGGCCAAAGCAACCUCGAAGAAAGCCAGUGAGAAAGACAUCAAUAAAUUCCAUUUGUACCAGAGUUUUUCUUGCAAUAUAAGGAACAUUCAGCAUCACCAGAUUCUAGCCAUUAACCGAGGGGAGAACUUGAAAGUCUUGACCGUGAAGGUCAGCAUCUCUGAUGGUGUGAAGAUUGAAUUCUCAAAGUGGUGUGUAAAUGAAAGGUGGAGACCAAAGGCCUACGCAACCCCUGAACUGAUGGAGUUGCUGCGCUUUUCUGUUGAAGAUGCCUAUAAACGCCUGAUUUACCCACUCCUCUGUAGAGAAUUCAGAUCAAAGUUAACAUCCGAUGCAGAGAAGGAAUCUGUGAUGAUGUUUGGGAGGAACCUCCGUCAGCUGCUUCUUACAGGCCCUGUGAGAGGACGAACCUUGAUGGGGGUUGAUCCUGGCUACAAGCAUGGCUGCAAGCUGGCGAUUAUUUCACCAACCAGUCAGAUACUUCACACUGAUGUUGUCUACUUACAUUCUGGUAAAGGAUUCCUUGAAGCUCAGAAGAUCCGGAAACUUCUGUUGGAUUACAACUGCAGCAUUAUUGUGAUUGGCAAUGGAACGGCUUGCAGGGAAACAGAAGCUUAUUUUGCUGACUUAAUUACAAAGAAGUAUUUUGCUCCUGUGGAUGUCACUUACUGCAUUACCAACGAAGCAGGGGCUUCUAUAUACAGUGUUAGUCCAGAUGCGUGUAAGGAAAUGCCUGAUUUAGACCCUAACCUACGAAGUGCAGUUUCCAUAGCUAGACGUGUACAGGACCCAUUAGCUGAGCUAGUGAAAAUUGAGCCUAAACACAUUGGAGUCGGAAUGUACCAGCAUGAUGUAUCUCAAACUCUGCUCAAAGCAACCUUGGACAGCGUGGUGGAGGAGUGCGUCAGCUUUGUAGGAGUUGAUAUUAACAUCUGCUCGGAAAUAUUAUUGAGACACAUUGCAGGACUGAAUGCCAACAGGGCGAAAAAUAUAAUUGAAUGGCGAGAGAAGAAUGGUCCAUUUAUCAAUCGGGAGCAGCUUAAGGAAGUCAAAGGACUGGGCCCCAAAUCCUUUCAACAAUGCGCUGGUUUUAUCAGGAUUAACCAGGAAUACAUCCGAACAUUUUGCAGUCAACAGGGCGAGCUUGCAGCUGGGGACCAUAAAUCAGCCUCAACUGAGAAACAGGGUAAAAAGAGGACGAAAGCAGCAGCAAGUGUUCGGCAUCCAAAUCCUUUGGAUCAAACCUGCAUCCACCCAGAAUCAUACAAUAUUGCAAUGACGUUUUUAACACUCAUUGGAGGAUGUCCCAGUGAUAUAGGAAAGCCAGAGAUGCAGCAAAAAGUGAAUACAAUAAUUGAAAGAGAAGGGAUAGAAGGAAUGGCAAGAAGACUGAAUACAACAGCACAAACAUUGCAGAUAAUAAUCGAUGGAUUGACUCAACCUGAAGGUUUUGACAUCCGGAAAGAUUUUGAUAAACCUGAUUUCAAGAGGAGCAUCGUUUGUCUUGAAGACCUAAGUGUUGGAAUGAUUCUCACGGGAAGAGUUGAGAAUGCUACUCUCUUUGGAGUGUUUGUUGACAUUGGAGUUGGUAGAGCAGGACUGAUUCCAAUUCGGAGCGUAACAGAAGAUAAACUUUCAAAAGCAAAGCAAAGAAGAAGCCUUGGCCUGGGUCCAGGAGAAAAAGUAGAAGUCAGAGUUCGUGAAAUUGACAUCCCAAGAUCCAGAAUAACAUUGGACCUUAUCCGUGUGUUGUGAUAAUUUUACUGAUCCUUUCAUUUUAAAGGCUACCAUUUCACCAUGACAAGGAAAAUAUUGUGGAAAGAGGAGGACCAUUCAUGGUAGCCCAUACAACUUGGGGGAGGGGGGACGUUGGUGGUUCUAAACUACCUAGAAGCUCAGACUUGGACCAAAAAUCACAUCCAAGCUCCAGUUGUAUUGAUUAUUCUGACUUUUGCGGGUAGGUAUGGAGGGUUGCUGGGAAAUCACUGACAUUUGUGCAGUUGAGAAGUCCACUUGUCAAACUGCUCUGUUGUCAGCAGUUUCAUAGCACUUCAGUCAAGGUGCAGACACCUUGGUGACCUGCAGACAUCCACAGGGGAUUGUGUGAAGGGGUCAGCAAGUGUCUGAAUCAAGCCUUAGUUUCUCCAGUGGAGAAUAAUAAGUAAACCCAGCAGCCUGCUUCUCACUGUGGUCCAGGAGAAAUAUUCUAGCCACUUGAACUUCUCUUGGUCAUAGUUUUCUAUGUUUGCAUGGAGAAGCAUUCAGCCAUAUCAUCGCCAGCCUUGUAGAAUGAAGCACAACAGCCCUGGCACAUGUUUCUUAGCUCCUGCAUAAGUUAACAGUGAUGGUCUGAGAGCUUGAUUCCAGGUCCAUACUCACCUGGUUUGUUCUGCACACAAUUUGACUGUCUUCAGCUCAGCAACAGAAAGGGUUGGUGCCAUGGAUCUCUUUCUGUAUAAUUAAUUUAAAAGUUAUUUGUUUUUAUUUUGGGGGUGGGAGUGCAGGGAAGAGAUUGGUUAGCUUUAAACUGUUCCAGAAAAAAUGAAAAUGUCAUAACCAAAAUUAAGGUUGUUUAGAUCCAGAAUAACUGGAGGGACUGCAUUGUGCCAAUUGAAAGAAUGCAUUAAUUGAAUCCAGGUGCAGAUUUUUUAAAAAAAUAUUUUGAGUUACUAUCUUGAUACAUAAUAGGAAAAUGUUUUUGUUAAUGGGUGCAACUUUGUCCCAUGUUUUCUUUAAAAAGUGAUUUUAUUAAAAGAAGAAGGAGGAAA